AUGGAGGCUCACAGGGACCAUGGAGGCUCACAGGGACCAUGGAGGCUCACAGGGACCAUGGAAGCUCACAGGGACCAUGGAGGCUCACAGGGACCAUGGAGGCUCACAGGGACCAUGGAAGCUCACAGGGACCAUGGAGGCUCACAGGGACCAUGGAAGCUCACAGGGACCAUGGAGGCUCACAGGGACCAUGGAAGCUCACAGGGACCAUGGAGGCUCACAGGGACCAUGGAGGCUCACAGGGACCAUGGAGGCUCACAGGGACCAUGGAGGCUCACAGGGACCAUGGAGGCUCACAGGGACCAUGGAGGCUCACAGGGACCAUGGAAGAAACACUCAGUGGAAUCACAGUAA